CGGCGUUGACCAAUAUGACAAAAGAGUAGCGCAUACAUAACAAGGGCCCCUUUCUUAGACAGCCAUCUCAAACAGAUUCAGCUUCACGCAGUUCAGCAGCUUUAUAAAAACACCAAAGGCAAAAGAUCGUCAUGUUCAAGGACAAUGUGUCCCAUCUUGAGAAGCCCGCGCCGACAUCGGCUGUCCCUGACCUUAGCGCAGUGGACCAGGAGUUCCUAGACACUGUGUCGGCGAAGCAAGAGGCCAAAAUUUACCAAAAGCUCGAUUGGCGUCUAGUACCGGCAUUGAGCAUCCUGUACUUGCUGGCCAUCAUCGACCGGGCCAAUAUCGGAAAUGCGAAGAUUGAGGGACUCGAGAAGAGCUUGGGGAUGAGUGGCACGGAUUACAAUGUUGCCUUGGCGGUCUUCUUCGUAUCAUAUGUCAUUUUCGAUAUCCCAAGCAACUAUAUUCUCAGCAACUUCAAGAGACCAUCUAUCUAUAUUGGGUCCCUCGUCAUAUGCUGGGGCGUGGUUAUGACUCUCACGGGAGUUGUUCGGAACUUUGGAGGGCUCUGCGCAACCAGAUUUCUCCUCGGCGUUUUUGAGGCUGGAUUCUUUCCCGGGGCAAACUACAUUGUCGGUCAGUGGUACCCACCGCACAAGACACAGACCCGUAUUGCCAUCUUCUACACGGCCAGCGCGGCGUCUGGUGCCUUUUCCGGCUUGCUGGCGUACCUUAUCGCCAAGAUGAAUGGCGCUGGAGGCUAUGAAGGAUGGAGGUGGAUCUUUAUUCUUGAAGGCAUAGCCUCCGUCGUUGCGGGGGCAGUCAGCCUCUUUCUCCUGCCCGACUCACCUGCCCUCUCGCAUAGAUGGUUGACGGCCGACGAGAUCCGCUUCUUGGAGCUCAACCACAUCAAGUACCGCGGCAGAUCCGUUGGCACAAGCCAUAAGGUGGAGGCACAGACACUAUGGAAGGUCAUCAAGGACUGGCAGCUGUACUAUCUGGGCAUGGUGUUCAUGUCGAAUACCGUGCCCAACUAUGCUCUAAAGUUCACGAUGCCGCAAAUCAUCACGAACAUGGGGUUCACGUCCUCCAAUGCCCAGCUGCUCACCAUUCCGCCGUACACGGUGGGCGCAAUCUCGGGUCUCGUCGCCUCACUAUUCGCCGACCGACUCAAGUGGCGAAUGCCGUUUAUUGUCGGCGCGCAGAUUACACUCAUUGUCGCGUAUGCAAUUCUUGUGGCCAAAGCGGAACAUAUCAAGAGCAACGUCCCACUGUGUUACUUUGCGGUACAUCUAGCCUGCGCCGGGCUGUACCCUAUUCCCCCGGGUGUCAGCGCUUGGACGGUCAACAACCUUGGGCCUCAGAAGAGGGCGAUGGGCGUGGGAUUGAUGGUCAUGAUUGGCAGCAUUGGGGGAGUUAUUGGAAGCUUCAUUUACUUGGAUCGCGAGAAGCCCAAGUAUCCAACUGGGUUUGGCACAUCACUGGCGAUUGCAGGCGCCGGUGUUGCCUCGUCCCUGAUCUUGGAGGUGACAUAUUGGCGCAUUAAUAAGAGGAGAGCGGAGAUGAGUGAGGAUGAAGUCCGAUCAAAACACUCCGCUGAGGAACUGGAACAGAUGGACGAUCGCUCGCCGCUAUUUAGGUACAAUUUGUAG